AGGAUUUCCAAGGUUGGCGGGACUCGUUCGAUUAAUCACCUCUGGGGAUAUACCUAUCCCGACAUUACCCGGAUAAUUUGGCCAAAGAUGUGUCGUCCUCGAGUCCGCGAGGCAUCACUGGAUCGGACUCCCCUGUACCAUUGGCGCCCGCACAGUCGCGCUUUCAAUGUGAGGGUGUAGGCAGCACUAGGAACGAUGCAGAGCCUCGCCAAUGCUAGGUAUCGUAGGUUUUCUUCGCGACGGGAUCGAACAUAAAAUGGCCGAGGGGAGACAGAAAUUUUUCUGCGAACUCGUCUUGAGUUAAAAUUAGGCAAUAUAUUGGAGUAACAUCGACGAAUGGCACAUUGUUAGGUUGAUCUUACCCCUGAACCAUCUUCAUCAUGGCAGCCACUCCGUUAUCGUAUUUUCCUCCCGAGGAUCAGCUCGCAGCUCGUAUCAAGGCUUUCGAAUCCGGUGCUUCGUUAUCCGAUGAACGCGUCGAUUCUAAGGAGAAUGGGAGGCUACCACGUUCCCUGGACUCACCCCUGGCCUGGUCCCGCCAAGACAUCGAGAAGGAUAUGAACCAGUGCAUAUUGAAGCUUUCAGGCGACGAUAUCACUUCCCUUGAAAAUGCAGCUAAGGCAAUUGAAGACCAAGCUAUUCCUCUAUCCGACAUCUCCACCGAGAAUUUUGUCCUACCUCAAGAGCUUAAACAAUCCCUCCGGAAGGUUUCUGACCAAUGUUAUUAUGGCCGCGGGUUUACCGUCGUCCAGGGUCUCGAGCCUGAUAAAUACAGCCCGGAGAAGAACGUGAUUUUGUAUGCUGGCAUUGCAACUCACAUAGCUCCCCAGCAUGGACUCUUGGACAAGAACCGCCGCAAGGUUCUAUGCCAUGUCGUAAACGCAGCUAGUGCAGCUUCUCCUACAGACGCAGUCCAAAAGUCCCCUGGAUUCACCAAUGGGCCCCUAGCUUUUCACACUGAUAACUGCGAGAUCCUAGCUCUUUAUGCUCUGGAUGUUGCCACAACGGGAGGUCAGACGUUUGUCUCGAGCUCCUACCAACUCUUCAACGAGCUGGCCCAAUCAAGGCCAGAAGUCUUGCAAACUCUUUCAGAUUAUUGGGUCCUUGACACAUUCAAGGAUUACAGCCAGUUCCCCCCUGUCACAAGGCCCAUGCUCCAUGUUUCUGACACUGGCGAUGUCAUGUUCACAUACUCACGCUUUCCCAUGGCUGGUUUCAAAGGGAAACAACGUAAUCCAAGUCUGGCUCCCGUGAAUGAGGCACAGAUCGCGGCUAUGGACGCUGUCCAGUAUAUCAUGGCGAAGAACGCGGUGCCGUUGCCCUGGAAAAAGGGCGAUAUCGCGUUCAUCAACGACAUGGCCAUAAUGCAUGCACGGUCUUCUUUUACAGAGAGUAGCCAGGGCCUUCUCCAGCGACAUCUACUGAAAUUCUACCUUCGCGACCCGGCGCAGAACUGGAAGGUUCCUGAGAGCGCGCAGAAACAGUGGGAUAAUAUCUACGGCCCUAACACGCCCGAUGGAGGGAGAGAUGAGGAAUGGUGCAUCAAAUACGAAGCCGGGCAAGAGAACGAUUGGAAUUCGAACGGCUAAUUCACGCUAGGAUCCAACGGAACUAACCAACCCUUCCCCUCGCUCCAAGGUCUUCGCUCAGCUUCUAUUCGUUGGACAUGAUUUCAGUUUGAUGACUCUUCUAUUAUAUGUAUAGCCCAAGCCUCGGGCUUUGUUCACUGUUUUACUUGUUUUAAACCCACCUUGAUUACCUAUGUAUUUUCACUUUGCUGAGAUGGGAGAGCAGAUUGACUGGAAGUUUUGUAUCAUUCAAGCAAACUGGAAGGCAAUAUCGUAUACUAAAAACCCGGGGACACACACACAUGUCUGGGUUUAGGUAGCAGUCCACAGUCGUUAUCGAGAGAGGGCCAUACUAGCUUUUUCCUCUAAUGAACGCCGAAUUUUUGAAAAGAAACGACCCUAGUCGAUACAUGUUCCCUCCGAUUUCCCCUUGACGAAAACUAUUGCAACCCCCC